AUGUUCUCCAAGCAGGCUAUCGCCCUCGCGCUGUCCAUUGCGGCCGCUGAGGCCGCCCACCAGGGUUUCAACUACGGUGCCACCAAGGUUGAUGGCAGCUACAACUACGAGGCCGACUUCAAGACCGAGUUCCAGACGGCCAAGAAGCUCGCCAACACCUCCGGCGGCUUCACCAGUGCCCGUCUGUACACCAUGAUCCAGGGUGGUACCACCAACGACCCCAUCCAGGCCAUUCCCGCCGCCAUCGCCGAGGACACUUCCCUCCUGCUCGGUCUCUGGACCUCCGGCGGCAACGUCGACAACGAGAUUGCCGCUCUCAAGUCCGCUAUCAGCACCUACGGCGAAUCCUUCACCAAGCUGGUCGUCGGUAUCUCCGUCGGUAGCGAGGAUCUCUACCGUAACUCGGUCACUGGCUCCGAGAACGACGCCGGUGUUGGUAUCAACCCCGACCUGCUGGUCACCUACAUCAAGGAGGUCAAGUCUGCCAUCUCCGGCACCACCCUGAGCGGCGCUUCCAUCGGUCACGUUGACACUUGGGAUGCCUGGACCAACAGCUCCAACUCUGCUGUGAUCGACGAGAUCGACUGGCUUGGCUUCGACGGCUACCCUUACUACCAGACCACCAUGGCCAACGGCAUCGACGAGGGCAAGUCUCUCUUCGACGACGCCGUCGCCAAGACCAAGGCCGUCGCCAACGGCAAGGAGGUCUGGAUCACCGAGACCGGCUGGCCCGUCAGCGGUCCCGAUGAGGGUGACGCCGUUGCCUCCGUCGCCAACGCCAAGCAGUACUGGGACCAGGUUGGCUGCCCUCUCUUCGGCGAGACCAACACCUGGUGGUACAUGCUCGCCGAUGCUGGCUCCAGCCCCAGCUUCGGUGUCACUGGUAGCACCUCCAGCGUCAACCCCCUGUUCAACCUGUCUUGCAACUCCACCUCCACCUCCUCCAGCUCGGCCUCCGCCUCGUCCUCUACUGGCUCCAAGUCUGGCUCUGCCUCUUCUUCUUCCGUCAGUGGCUUCGCUACCUCCUCCAAGGCUGGCUUUGGCGUUGGCCGCAGCAGUGCUCACCCCUCCCAGACCUCCACCCCUCUGAUCUCCGCCACCCAGACCGCCAGCUCUAGCUCUGGUACCUCCACCUCUUCCUCCUCCAACUCCGGUAGCUCCUCUUCCGGCUCUUCUUCCUCGGGCUCCUCUAGCUCCGAUUCCGGCUCCGGCUCUAGCUCCUCCAGCUCUGCCUCCGCCACCUCCUCCACCAGCUUCAACUCUGCUGCCCGCUCCUCCGGCUCGGCUUUCACUGCCCUCGCCGCUGCUCUGAUCCUCGCCAUUGCUGUUUAA